GUGUCCUCAGUACUGUUAGAGGUCAGCGAACGAUUUGUGCGCGUGUUUCACAAGAAGGAUUCAAAUGUACCUCUGAGAUGGCAGACGCUAAACGUAUCCUUCAAGUCGAGAGUCGUUUUCACAGUCGUGAGUUGCUCACUAAACUCGCAGAACUUCGUGACGAAUCUCAACUUUGUGAUGUGACGCUGAACGCCAAGGGCACACGUAUAAACGCUCAUCGAAAUGUACUCGCGGCGUCUUCGAAUUAUUUCCGAGCAAUGUUCACGAUUGACAUGGCCGAAAGGCACCUGCGUAUGUUUAUAAACAGGGAAAUAGUUCAGCGAAAAGGCCAGCAACCUUCGCUUCGUCAACGAGUUCUCGGCACGCAGCGUCAGCCAUCACCAACGAAUCCUUGCU